UAUAUAUAAUAUUUAACCGCUAAUAUCGCGAUCCUGCAUCUUAAAUUUUUCACUCAAAAAUUUUUGAAAGCCCAUACCCUCUGAGUCACCAUAGGUUUAGCAAUAAAAUAAACCCCUUACCAAUUCCCAUAAUUCUGUAUAUAGAUAUGGUUGUAAGUAUAAUAUAACAUUUUGGCUAGUGUAGUAAUCGAACCCAUUUUGUACUAACAUGUUAAAUAAGUCAACAAUUCAACCUUCAUUGGAAGCAUUAGGUGCGAAUAUUACAUCUCAUCAACAUGAUGAUAGUGAAGUUCAACCAAAUUUAUAUCCUAUUUAUAAGUAUGUAGCUAAUGAUGAAUUAACUAUUCAUCAAGCAUAUUUAAGAUUAAGUAAAUUAAAUGAAAUCAAUCGUUCACCAUCAUUUUUAUUUGAAUCUUCAGUAAAAGGUGAUACAGUUGAUAGAUAUUCAUUUAUAGGUAUUAAUCCAGCCAAAAUUAUAAAGACUGGUGAUAAUAUUAAAAUUUUUAGUAAUGAAUUUCUUAAUGUUGAUCCAAUAACUAUUCUUGAAAAAGAAUUAAAUAAUUAUCGUCAAGCACAAUUACCAGGUUUACCUAAAUUUAGUGGAGGUGCAACUGGUUAUAUUUCUUAUGAUUGUGUUAAAUAUUUUGAACCAAAAACUAAGAGACCUUUAAAAGAUGUAUUAGAAUUACCUGAAGCAGUACUAAUGUUAUGUGAUUUAGUGAUAGCUUAUGAUCAUGUUUAUCAAAGAUUUCAAAUCAUUAAUAAUAUUCACAUUUCUGAAUCAACUAAUCUUGAAAGUGCAUAUUUAAAAGCUGUUAAAGAAAUUGAACAAGUUGAACAUCUUUUAUUAGAUAAAAAUGUUACUAAUGAACAAAUUAAUCCAAUUCAACCACCUAUUAAACUUAAUCAAACAUUUACUUCAAAUAUCGGUCAAGCUGGUUAUGAAAGUCAUGUUUCAACUUUAAAGAAUCAUAUUUUAAAAGGUGAUAUCUUUCAAGCAGUUCCAUCUCAAAGAGUUGCUAGACCAACUUCAUUACAUCCAUUCAAUAUAUAUCGUCACUUAAGAACAGUUAAUCCAUCACCAUAUUUAUUUUAUGUUGAUUUAAUUGAUUUUCAAAUUAUUGGAGCUUCACCAGAAUUAUUAGUUCAAUCAGAUAAUAAAGGUAGAGUUGUAACUCAUCCAAUUGCUGGUACUAUUCAAAGAGGUAAAACUAAUGAAGAAGAUGAAGCUAAUGCAGAAAUAUUAAGAUCAAGUUUAAAAGAUAGAGCUGAACAUAUUAUGUUGGUUGAUUUAGCUCGUAAUGAUGUUAAUAGAGUUUGUACACCAGAAAGUAAUAAAGUUGAUAGACUUUUAACUAUUGAAAGAUUUUCUCAUGUUAUGCAUUUAGUUUCUGAAGUUAGUGGUACUUUAAGAAAAGAUAAAACAAGAUUUGAUGCAUUUAGAUCAAUAUUUCCUGCUGGUACUGUUAGUGGAUCACCAAAAGUUAGAGCUAUGCAACUUAUUGGAGAAUUAGAAAAGGAAAAAAGAGGAGUUUAUGCUGGAGCUGUUGGACAUUGGGGGUAUGAUGGUAAAACUAUGGAUACUUGUAUUGCAUUGAGAACCAUGGUAUAUAAGGAUGGAGUUGCCUAUUUACAAGCUGGAGGAGGUAUUGUAUUUGAUAGUGAUGAGUAUGAUGAAUACAUUGAGACUAUGAAUAAAAUGAAAUCCAACAAUAAUACCAUUGUGGAAGCUGAAAAGGUUUGGGCUGAAAGAGUUGGUAUUGAUAAUUAAAGUAAACUAAACUAAACUAAAGUAAAGUAAAGUAAAUAGUAUGACCCUGUAGGGUUUGUGUCUUAACUAUGUAGAUUACGAUUAUAGAUGAAGACAUUCAAAACAUUAUUGUAGAGGCUGGCACCUACGCUAUUUUGACUCGCCUAAUUUAGUGUGUGAAUGUAGCACAAGUACAGAGUCACUACUUAACAUACAAACAAAUAAACAAAUAAAUAAAUAGAUAACUCAUUAUUUCUACCCCAUAUACACAGUACAUACACUACAUAACCAUCUCUAUUAAUCAAUGACUUUUUCCUAGUUAC